GAGAGAAGAGAAAUGGCUGCAACGAGCAUCGCUUCUAGGUCUACGACGUCUCUAGCCUCCAUCUUACGAACAGCUUCAAAAAGAAGCUUGAACCCGCCUAGACCUAGAAACUCCCUCCCGAACCUUAAUCCCACAUCGUCGCCUCUUCGUCAGGCUCGAAUCGAAGCUUCUUCUCUUCCCAGGUUUCUGCGGCGAGAACUAAGUACGCAUCAACCGUUUCAUAGCGUUGUUGCUGCCGCUUGCCUUGUUUCUAAACUCCCUUCUGACGUCACCUCUUAUGAAGGUAGAUUUGCCAACUAUGUCAGUCCCAUCUAAGAGGCAAGCACCUGAAGUAGAUGGAUGGCUUUUUCCGGCUUGUUUGAUGUUUUCAAGAAUAUUCAGCUUCUUUAGUUAAAAAAUACAUGUUAGAUGGAACCCCCAAUACAGUUUUUGGCAGAUGUUAUUACUUCCAUUUUAGUUGGGUUCUUAUCUUUUCAAUCAAAUGGUGAUUCAAAUCACUGUUGGAGUCAGGAAUGUAUGGUAUAACCUCUCCCGGAUACAACUACUCUUUUCAAAUUUAGAAAAAAGACUGUUUGCACGGGAUAAACUUUUUUUCAUUUCUACCAAUUUAUGUGCCUUAGCCUUAUUUUUUUUUGACUCGAGUGAAGGAUGUGUUAAGUGUCUAUGCUCUUCUUCCUUUUCUUGUUAUAAAGUUUUUGUCUGCA